GCACUUAAUGAAAAAUUAAGAAACUACAUUACAAGCUAUGAAUUUUGGGCUAAUAUUAAAUGUCUUCAUAAAGUUCUUGAACCUGUUAAAACUGCUGUUAAAACUGUUGAAUCAUUAAAGAAGACUAAUGAUUUAUCUGAAGUUAAUUCUAAUAUAUUAAAUAUUAAAAAUAGUGUUAAUUUAGAAUAUGCUUUGAUUAAUACAGAUCAACCUAUAAUUCUAGAUGAAGCUAUUAAUCAUAGUGAAAAAGAUUUUGAUAUUGAUGCACUUACUAAUCAAGGAAUGCAGAUGCGAAAUAU